UAAAGAUAAAUCUGAUCAUAUUCCAAUUGAUAUCCUUAAUUCUUAUAACGAACAAGUGAAAGCCAAUUCAUCUCUAUCUCCUCAAAAUCAUCCAAGACAUUUGACAUUUAUCUGUUUGAACAAAAAUUUAACACUCUUGACACUCAAUUAA